AUGGGUGAAACUGUGCUGCUUGCCGUCGAGGAGACUUCUCCUAACGUCGAUGAACCCCCUAUAUGUGGUUUAAAGGAGCCGCAUAAUACAUCAACCCCAAGGCAACAUCAGCCACCACCCAUCAAUGGCGACACUGCGCCAACCCUCUACGCUCCGCACACUCUCUCCUCUGAAGAAGUUGCAGAGCAACUGGGAGUCGACAUCAACCAUGGACUCUCUCACGCUGAAGCGGAAUCUCGCCUCCAGCUCCAUGGCCCUAACAAGGUUAAGGGAGCUGAAGGGCUUUCCAUGUGGAAAAUUCUGCUAAGGCAAAUCUCAAACAGUCUUACCUUUGUUCUCAUCAUUGUCAUGGCCAUCAGCUUUGGCAUAGACGACUACAUCGAAGGCGCCGUCAUCAGCGCAGUCAUCCUCCUGAACAUUGUCGUUGGUUUCUGGCAGGACUAUCGGGCCGAGAAGACGAUUGAAUCUCUCAAGAAGCUCACCGCACCAGAGGCCACUGUUACUCGUAACGGCACUGCCGACCUCAAAGUCAAGGCAGUCGACCUCGUCCCUGGCGAUCUCGUCCAGCUGUCUGUGGGUAGCAUUGUCCCCGCCGAUAUCCGCCUCAUCAAUGGCGUCAACGCAUACACCAACGAAGCAUUCCUCACCGGAGAAUCCGCACCUGUCGAGAAGACGCCACUCAAAGUCUUCGACGACGAUGAUCUCGCUACUGGUGACCGCACCAAUCUUGCUUUUUCUGGAAGCGAGGUUACAUCUGGACGCUGCCACGGUAUCGUGGUCGCUACUGGUAUGAACACGGAAGUCGGAAAGAUUGCCACCAUGCUUCGUCAGAAGAAGGAUGCCGCCCCUGAAUCGUCAAACAUGCUCGUUCGCCUCUGGAAGCGGUUUCAGAACGGAGGCAAGACCAUCCUAGGUCUUGUUGGAACCCCACUUCAGAUCACACUGAGCAAGUUUGCUCUUCUACUCUUCGGCCUCGCCAUCCUCCUUGCCAUUAUUGUCUUCUCGGCAAGCACGUGGAAGGUUGGUGGUGAGGUUCUCAUCUACGGUAUCUGUGUUGCGGUCGCUGUCAUCCCAGAAUCGCUGAUUGCAGUUCUUACCAUCACCAUUGCGGUUGGUGGUAAGGCCAUGGCAAAGGCCAACGUCAUCACUCGAGUUCAGUCGGCUAUUGAAGCUGUCGGAGGUGUCACAAACAUCUGCUCCGACAAGACCGGUACUCUUACACAAGGUCGCAUGGUCGGAAAGACGGCUCUCGUGCGCGGCGCUGGGGCGUUUACUGUUGAUGGAAUCACUGAUCCACACAACCCAACUAGCGGUAACGUUUCUCUAAACAACCAGAGCCUCAACCUGGACGAAUUCAGGCCUGACCCAGUCGUGACUCGCUUCCUGCGCACCAUCUCCCUGUGCAACAACUCAAAGGUCAUACCGCCAUCGGAGAUCCGUAUCGAGCCUUCGAGCGACAAGAAGAGCGCUGCUUACUACAACGCCACUAGUGGAGACGAUCGUGAUACCGAUGUCUCUACCAUCGACACCAUCUCCCGCCCACCCACUGCCAUCAUGCAGGGUGGUGUGUCGGAAGGAAACUGGGCAGCGCAUGGUGAGCCAACUGAAGUCGCUCUACACAUCCUCGCUUCCCGUUUCAACAUGGGCAAAGAACAAAUCCUGGCUACCUCCAACAUUCAUCUCGCCACCGAGUUCUCUUUUGACUCCAAGGUCAAAAAAAUGAGUGUCAUUUACAAGGACAACCACACUGGUCACAUGGAUGUUUAUACCAAGGGUGCGACUGAAUUCAUGAUGCCUGCACUUGAUGUCACCGACCAAGAGAAGGCCGAAAUCCUUGAGGCGGCCGAGAACAUGGCUAACCAGGGUCUGCGUGUUCUCUGCAUUGCCCACAAGUCGCUACAGCCCGGUGACGAUGUCUCUGAACGUGAGGCUGUCGAAGCCAACCUCACCUACCUCGGUCUCGUCGCCAUCUACGACCCACCCCGCUUAGAGACAAAAGGUGCCGUUCGCGAAUGCAAGAUUGCUGGUAUCACUGUCCACAUGCUCACGGGUGACCACCCUGGCACGGCGAGAGCCAUUGCCAAGGAUGUCGACAUUAUUGAUGACCAUACACCUGCCUCAGCCGUCAUGGUCGCCAAGGACUUUGACAAGAUGACUGACGAUGAGGUGGAUGCCAUGGAAACUCUUCCCCUCGUUAUUGCCAGAUGCAGCCCGACCACCAAGGUCAAGAUGGUUCAGGCCCUCCACCGAAGGGGCCGCUUCUGUGUCAUGACUGGAGACGGUGUCAACGACUCGCCGGCGCUCAAGCAAGCCAACGUUGGCAUGGCCAUGGGUACCGGUUCUGACGUCGCCAAGGAUGCUGCUGAGAUGGUUCUCACUGACGACAACUUCGCCUCGAUUGUCAAGGCCGUCGAAGAAGGCCGACGUCUAUUUGACAAUAUCCAGAAGUUCCUCAUGCAUCUCCUCAUCUCCAAUAUCGCCCAAGUCAUCCUCCUCCUGAUCGGUCUCUCGUUCAAAGACCAAGACGACCACUCCGUCUUCCCUCUCUCUCCCAUUGAAAUUCUAUGGGUUAACCUCAUCACGUCGUCCUUCCUUGCCAUCGGUCUCGGUCUCGAAGAGUCCCAGGAAGACAGCAUGUUCCGACCACCACACGACAAUAAGAAGGGUGUCUUCAGCGCAGAGCUCAUAACCGACAAGUUCAUCUACGGCUUCUUCAUGGGCGCCCUGUGUCUCUUUUCCUUUGCCAUUGUCGCCUACGUCGGUCCCGGCGGAGGCAACCUCGGCUCUGGCUGUAACGAAGGCUACAACGACACCUGCGACGUGGUGUUCCGGGCGCGCGCAACCACAUACGCGACAAUCACAUUGCUGCUGCUCGUCACCGCAUGGGAAGUCAAGCACUUUGCCCGCUCCCUCUUCAACAUGUAUCCCAACUCGUCGCACGGCGCGCCAAAGGGACUCUCCAUUAUCCCUACUCUCUGGCGCAACCGCUUCCUCUUCUUCGCCGUCAUCGCUGGCCUGCUCAUCAUGUUCCCCAUUGUCUACAUUCCAGUCAUCAAUAAGAAGGUGUUCAAGCACGGCGCUAUCACCUGGGAAUGGGGCGUCGCUUUCGGCUGCGUCGUCAUCUACGUCGCCGCCAUCGAGUCGUGGAAGGCCAUCAAGCGCAGCAUGGGCAUCUGGUCUGGCGCGCAUCGCGUCAUUAGCCGCGAGGACGCCGAGGCCAGAGCUGGUCUCAGUGGCGCGGCUCCCGUGACCAGGGAGAAGUAGAGUCAUUGGUGAAUGUUGGAUGUUGGAUCAAAUUGGAACCCCUUUUCCUUAUUCUCGUAUGUGAAGGACGGACGCAGAGGAUAUACUGCUUUCUUUGGAUUGACCCUUGGUCCCUCUCUUUCUAUCUAUCGCUGCCUACUAGGUACGAGACAACGACCUAGUGAUAUGAUUGAUGAAUCUGCUUAGCACUCUACACAAAUCAAACUUGAGUCGCUCUUUGACUCCCAC